UAACAGAAAAAAAGUUGAAUUAAUAAGUUGUUACAUGUUUUAAAAAUAUUUGAAGAGUGAAUAAACGAAAUCGUAAUAAAAAUUCGACAAUGGAUAGCAAACUUGCUUAUAUCGACAAAUGAUUAUAUUUUAAAUAAAAAGCAAUGAAAGGGGAAACUGUUGAAUGUAAUAUGACGUUGUUUCACAAAUUCAUCUAAGCGAAAUUUACUUGCAAAAACGCGGAAAGCUCGUAUUUUUUUCCAAUAACAAAAAUUUAUUUAAAAAACUACUAAAUUUCUCUGUUUAAAAAUUUUAUACUAACUAGGAAAUCAAAAUAUGAAGCCAUCAGAUUUUUUACAAUUAGCGGAGAGGAUAAAAAACAAAGUUCCAUUACCGCCUGGUGUCUCUUCAACUAGUCUGCUUCCAAAGCUAAUACGCACAAAAGAUGUUAAGCAAUUACAGGAUGGAAGUACACAGUCCACGAAACCAAAAUUAACAAAAUGCCUUAAUACUUUGGAUUUAACUUCACUUGGAAUUGGAUCGUGCUGUGGCACUGGUAUGUAUUUAGUAACGGGAAUGGUUGCAAAAAACAUGGCGGGACCAGGUGUAAUUAUAAGCUUUUUAAUAGCUGCAAUGGCGAGUAUAUUUUCGGGAGCUUGUUAUGCUGAAUUUGGUGUCCGCGUUCCUAAUACUUCUGGUUCCGCAUAUAUGUAUUCAUAUGUAGCAGUUGGUGAAUUUGUUGCAUUCAUAAUUGGUUGGAAUAUGAUAUUGGAGUAUUUAAUAGGAACAAGUGCCUGUGCAUGUGCGUUGAGUUCGAGUUUUGACUCUUUAACUGGCGGUGCAAUUACCAGCAUCACAACAGAUUCAAUUGGUACAAUAUUUGGCAAACCACCAGAUUUUAUAGCAUUUGGCAUUACGCUAGUUAUGACCUGUGUUCUGGCAAUGGGCGCUAGUAAAUCAGUCAUAUUCAAUCACUCUCUUAAUGCGAUAAAUUUGGCUACGUGGGCUUUUGUUAUGGCCGCUGGCUUAUUUUAUGUAGAUACAAGCACAUGGACUGAACAUCAGGGUUUUCUUCCUUACGGUUGGAGUGGUGUGUUUUCCGGUGCUGCGACGUGUUUUUAUGCAUUUAUUGGUUUUGAUAUAAUCGCCACAACUGGCGAAGAAGCUCAUAAUCCGCAAAAGAGUAUACCUAAAGCUAUUGUUGGCUCACUAGUAAUAGUAUUGAUAGCGUAUGUGACUGUCAGCUUAGUAUUAACAUUAGUUGAUUAUCGACAGCUUAAUGCUAAUUCUACUAGACGCUAA